GUAGUAAACAUAAAACGAAGCAAUGUUCUCAGGUGGCGUGGUCCUUAAAUCAGCGUGAAUUCCUUCAUAUCUAUGUUUGUAUUUUUGUCUUGUAACAACUAUACACUAUUAAUUCUUCGUUUCAGAAUCAACUCGUCUUAGUAAACUUUGAAUCUCCUCAGGCUAGCUUAACUUGCUAGCUGCUAACAAAAGACUCGGAAGUGAUAAACACAUCGCUAAGCAGAGAUCGAGUGUGAGUGUAAAGUGUUGUGAUUGUGUGAAAAUGUGUAAAGUACAAAUGCUGAGAACGUUGGUGAAUCAGCGAUUAACUGCGGCUGUUGAAGAAAUAUUUGUAGUGUUGGAAAGAACGAUAGCAGAGUACGAGGAGGAACUUUCGCGAACAAAAGAGGAGAACGAGCGACAACGUCAACUACUGGACGCUGUUUUCAAGAAGCCUCAAGAUGAACUACGCAGACAAGACAUCACUAAAGAAAAUCCUCCCUCUAACCAGCAGGAGUGGAGCUUCAAGGUGGAGCAGGAGCAGCCACACAUUAAAGAGGAAGAGGAGGAUCACAGCAUCAGUCAGGAGGAUCUUGGAGGGUGGGAGGAGUUCCCAGAUAUUUUUGUGCCCGUGAAGAUCAGAGAUGAUGAAGACAAAGGUGAAAGUGAGGAGAAGAGAGAAGUGGAGCUUCCAAUCAGCAGCUCAACUCAACACAUGACAACAGAAGCUGAUGGAGACCACUGUGGAGGAUCACAAGCAGACAACCUCUUAGCUCCACUAUCAGAUAGUGACGACACAACGUCACACUCUCCUGACACUGAUGAUGAAGACUCUAAAGCUGAUAUGACAUGUCACACUGACAACACACACUUUAAAUGCUCCCAUUGUGACAAAACCUUUGGCGACAAGAAAACUCUGAAGAGACACAUGGUUUGUCACGCUGACAGAAAAUGGAAAUGCUCUCAAUGUGGCAAAGCUUUUAACAGCAAGUCAUAUUUGAACAGGCACAUGAGGAUCCACACAGGAGAAAAACCAUACACCUGCUCAGUUUGUUGUCACGCGUUCUCUCAAAACUCAAGUUUGACAUCACACAUGAGAAGACACACUGGAGAAAAACCUUUUUCUUGUUCAUUCUGUGAUUUACGCUUUGUACGGAGUGAACAUAUGAAAACACACAUGAGAAUACACACUGGGGAAAAACCAUAUGUCUGUUCAGUCUGUGGCGCAUGUUUUGUACGAAGUCAAAAUUUGAAAAGACACAUGAGAAGACACACAGGAGAAAAACCAUAUUCCUGUUCAAGAUGCAACAGAACCUUUUCUGACAAAACAACUUUUACAAGACACACAAGAAGACACACUGGUGAGAAAGUGUUCAGUUGCAGUGUGUGUGGUGAAAGAUUCUUAUAUAAGUACCAGCUUAACAAGCACAAGUGUGCUGGUGAGAACAGCAGCAGUACCGUAAAUGAAGUUGCACGACUUGAAAUAAACUGUCAAGAAUAAUAACGUCUUAGCAUCACUCCAUAUAAUGUGACAUUGUUGUGUGUAACACAUGCUUGUUAAUAUGCUUCCACUGUUUAAACACAA